AUGAGCUCUCAGCCUCCUGUGGCGCUCACGGCCAGUGACUCACCUCCUCGGGCCGGAGCUGUGGCAGCAGCGCGGGGGCCCAGCAGCACACCUGUGUCCGAUCCGUAUACAGCCGGUGGCUUCUCUGGUGGCCAGCAUGGAGCUUCUGUUGCUGGAGCCAUGAGGAGCUGCAAUGAGCAGAAGGAUGAGGUGAGACCAAGCCCUGGCUUGCCUGGGGAUGAGGACCAUGCUGCUGCUCCUCACCUGGUGCCCCUUCCAGAGGUGCCAUCAGAAAGGGCAUCCAGCUUGACCAAAACGCAUCCUGGCACUGUGUGGGAACCCUCUGCUGUGACACCCCAGACGCUCUGGGACACGCAGCCCACUGGCACCUUCCUGCGUGGCAAAGCUGCUCUGCUGCUGGAUGCUGUCUUGGCCAAGAUCCCAGGAAAUGGGUCUGGACUUCUAGCCACUGUCUCGGCACCUCCUCCCAGUGCUGCGUCAGCUCGUGGUGUCGGCCGCCUGCGAGUGCUGGAUCCCUCCCUUCCAAUGGCAGGAUCUGAGGAACCUGCUGUCACCUUGGAGGAGCAAAGUGACCUGUCUUCCUCCCCUGUGUGGCUGACUCUGCUGACCUCCACCAAAUCCCACCUUUCUGCCUGGACCAGGGCACCCCAGACUGGGGUGAGCUCAACAGCCCCUGAUGCCAUCCCAGAGCCCGGAGUGACUGAAUCACCCUGCAAAGAUGGAACUGCUAUGGUGGCUUCCCCCUCUCCAAGAGCUGCAGAUGUGACACGUGCCACUCUCCUGGGGUCACCUACCCAGUGGUCAUCUCUGCGUCCAGACCCCUUCCUCGUAACAGUAUCCAAGGAUGCACCCACAACAGGACAACACGGGACCACGAGGAUGCUGGGGACGAGCGUGCUGCCUGGAUGGGUGGCUCCAGCAGAAGCAGCCGAGCACAGUGAGCCCAGGACGGCAUCAGCAGCACCAGCUGCUGCUCCAGCAGGACCUCCAGGACCCACCCAUGCCAGCCCAAGCUCUGCACCCCCUCCCAGCUCCAAGGACCCUGCUCCAGAGCGUUGCUCUGAGGCUGUGCACCACACCAGCACCACAAUCUUGCUAUCUCCACCCAACCUGUUGGCUUCCACUGGGGUGGUGCAGGCAGCCAGCUCCCUGCUCAGCUCUCAGACCUCAGCUGCACUAGCAGGAACGACGCCAGAUGCUCAGUCCAUGCCCAGUCACUCCAUCACCUCCCAGCACCCCUCUGUAACCAGAGAGCAUCACCCUGUGGCUGCAGGAGAAGCCUCCACCCCAGCUGAGCUGAUGACUAUGGGCACACCUGACUCCUCAGGGGUGAAGCCCCCUGUAUCCCACCCCUCUCCUGCGCAGCCUCUGCCCGUGCACGUGCUGCCCUUGCAAUUCCGGCUGUUGGACAUCCCUUACAGCGCGGCUCUGAGCAGCAGGGCUUCAGGGAGCUACAGGGAGCUGGAGGAAAAAGUGAUGCUGAUGCUAGGAGAGCUGUUGCACGUCGUGUCAGUGCUCGGGUAUUCCCUCCUGGCUGACGGCAGCCCUGGGCACACCAGCUCAGCCAUGACCAUCCCCAGCAUGUCCUACCCUCGGCCAACAGAGCGACUGCCCUCGGUGUUUGUUGCACACCUCCUGCUAAACCAAAUGCUGUCCACCUACAAGACCUUCCUGUGGGCAAACAUCCUCGAGUUCAUGAACGGUUCGGUGGUGGUGCGAGCGGAGGCUGUGUUCCGGGGGGAUGCUCCUGCUCCCACCAACUCCCACCUCAUCCGGACAGUCGUCACAGAGGCGAGCAGGGGAAGGAGCACCUUCAGCUGGCAACUGGAGCCACAGUCUGUCCAGUCCAGUGGCUUUAGCCUGGAGAACCUGGACCCGGAGAAGCUGUCCAUCUCUUUCACUGUCGUCCACCUCGGGAGGAGCAGGGCAGAACACCUGGAGGGGCUGAAUAGUGAGGUGGUUCAGUCUCUCAGUGCCCUCUACCAUGUGAGGAACUUCACUAUCACUCAGCUCAGGAACCUCAGUGGAGACCUGGACAUCACUGGAGAGAUCUAUCUCGACACGAUUGCCCAUGCUGAUGUUGCAGAGAUUCUACAAGCCUUGACAGCUCUUGCAACCUACUCUGUGGACCUGACAUCCCUCUCAGUGGAGGGAGCCAGGCUGCACCUCCAGGUUUACCCAGUCUCCUUCCUCAUCACCAACAGACACUUCAGUGAGGACCUUAUGGAUCCACUUGCUAUAGGGCACCAGGAGCUCUCCAGAGACCUUGGUUAUGUGGUGGCAAGAGCUCUGAGGAACCACAGGAGCUUCCUGCAAGUGGUGAUAAGAGGAUUCUUGCCUGGCUCCUUGAUCUGCCAUGGGGACCUGGUCUUCCAGCACCCUGCUCCAACCAGCCUGGAGGUUUUGGAGGCACUCGUGCUCUCGGUUGGGCCAAACAAGGCUUUAGCUGGUUCAGACUUCCAGGUGGACCCAUACUCUCUUGCUGUGGGAGAGGACACCCUGGAGCCUCCCCUGCCUGAACCAGGCUUCCCUGACUAUGGUGUGGCCAUCCUGGUCCUGUGCAGCCUCUGCAUCAUCACUGUUCCCGUCAUCUUGCUGGUGUGUCUGCGGGUCAAGAGGCUCAGCUGGCGGGACGUGGCAGUCCUCUGGGACAGGAGAGACCCUGAAGCGGGGACCCAAACUCUGGAAAUGGAUAACCAGGGGUUCUGGGCAGCCUCUGAACAG